AUGGUGUACAGAAACUCACGGAAGUUUCUCCUCGGUGCAGCGCGUACCGAACUGGGUAGAUUCAGAGAUGAUGUGUGGGUGAAGUUGAGGCUGUAUCAUUGUUCUUCAGGGGAAGUCCUGCCUUUCGAAUGGUACGAGAAGGCGUUCCCCAAAAUUCAGAAAUUGACGCGACAGUUGCGUAACGUGGAUUUGAUCGACGGAAGGGCGGUGAACACAGUUGACGAUUCGUUCAUAAUGAACCCCAGGGUUCUGCACAAGGUCGCUACUUUUAAGUCUCUGGUCAGGGUUUUCAUUGGAUCUCCAUUGGUUCAGCAGAAGACCAAGGAGAAUGUGGUGGCAAACGGAAGAGGUUUAAGAAGCAACGCGGUUGCUUAUUUCAGCAAUGCAAGCGAAAGAGAGCCCAUGAUUGUGGAUUCACUGACCAAAGUUGGCAACUUUCUGAACGUAUCAGCGCAACAGAGGAAGGAGGUGCGAGUCACGAUCUGCCCACAGGUGACCCACCAUCGAAUCUGGACGGGCGCCCUUCAGGAGGUCUUGAACUCGUUGAAGUUGGAGAUGGACUGCUUGGGUUACGAUUGUUCAUCAGGCAAUAUGGGGCAUCAGAUCAUCUCCAGCUGUCUCGCCUUAUUAGCUGAUUCAGACACUUCUCCAGAAGAUGAGCCCACCUCAUGGAUGCGGCUUGCACCUUCUAAGCCCACCAAUCCUAACAAGUCUCGGACGUGGGAAGACGUUCUUGAGAUGGUCUACGAUCUCAUAGGGUGUUUGAGACAUGAAAGGGAGUCGCUUUAUCACAUUUCCAAACUCGAGGUUAUGAAAGAAGGGUUGACUCAGAUCAAGGAUGUGCUGGUCGAUAAAGGGAUCGGUUAUCGAGAGGCUCGUCAUCAGGAAACCCUAGUGCAGAAGAAGCUCUCCAGUACAUUGGGUCAUUCCUCUCGUUGCCUGUUCACGCUUCUGCUGUAUUACCUCUAUGGACAAGUGAGAGACAUUGAAGUUGAUCUUUGUGGGGGGCUGUACAAGACUGAUGAUAAGAAUAGGUUUCGUCUGAGAAUGGGAAGGAUUUUAACUUCAGAUGAGGAGCCGAUGGUUCUAAGAGGAGCUAAGCAUUUGGAUAGAGUUCUUGAGCUGUUUAAGUUUGUGUGGGAAACUGCUGGUAUGAAAGGUGUUCUUGAGCUGGAAGGUCAUCUUUUUUGCGUGGAUGCGCAGGACAGAGUGACCACGUAUAGAGGGAACUCGUUCUUUGUUCAUGGGAUUAACUUUUGA